ACAACAGGAAGUGAAGGUAACUAACCAAUCAGCUCCACGGAAAAUGUGUCAUGCGCGAUACAGCUUGUGAUGGCAGUAGGCUAUGGUGUGUGAAGGUUAACGUUAGUUAAAACGUUAGUACACUUAACUAUACUUGUAAUUUAAGUCGAGUUUUAGUGUGUUUUGCUCGCGUGUAUAGGGUGUUCCACUAUACGACGGUGUGCACUUCCUCACAGGCUAACUGUUCCAGGCAUGGCGGGUCUGUCCAGCUACGCCGUGCGCAUGGCCCGACUGAGCGCGCAGAUCUUCGGGGGGGUCGUGCGUCCGACAGACUCCAGGUCCAUGAAGGUGGUCCAGCUGUUCCAGGAGCCCCCCAUGGCCCAGAGGAAGGAGGUGUACGACUGGUACCCACAGCACAAGAUUUACUACUCCAUGACCCAGAAGCUCCGCUUCAUGGGACUGUUCAGGUACUGGAACUGCUCACAGGUUGGGCCUCGUGACAAAACUAUAUGCUUGUUCAUAAAUUAG